UUUUGACGUUUACCUCAUAAUGCCGGUGUUAUUAUGAAAAGUGAAUGUUUUUUCUUAUGAUGGCACUGUCAGUUAUUAUUUACAAUAAAUUGCAAUAAUUAUAAUUAUAAUGUAUGUUUCUAUUUUAAAGUUAUGAUAAUAAAUAUACGUAUAUAAUUAAAAAUGGAUGAAAUGAUAAGCAUUGCUAAAGAAGUUUCUCACGAUGAAGUACUGGAAAUCACCAAGUCGUUAUUAUCUACACUAUUUAAAUCAGAUUCUUUAUUAUCAGACCUGCCAUCUGAUAUAAUACUUGAAGAGAUAUUGUCUCAGACAGCCGUUGAACAUGGACAAUCAUUUACUGUAAUAGUCUCAAGGGAAGACGAACAACCUUUGAAAGUCAUUGUUCCACAAAAUUCAACAGUGAGGGAACUCAAGAAAGCAGUUGCUAGACACUUUGAAUUAUAUCAACAGAGGAUGGGUAACAGAGUGAAGAUAUCUUGGAGGUUGUAUUACUCCUCUAUGUAAUACAGUACACACCUGAUCAGGUUGUAAAACUGAAGGGGGAGCAAGAUCAUCUAGAGACAGCUGAGUGUUGAUGACCGAUGGAGGAGCGUAAUCUGGGAUAGCUGGCAUGUUCUCCACAAGCUAAAACAUUAAAUAUAUAAACAAAAUGA